GCUUCUCCACGCGGACUUUGUUAGGGCCGACUAAGGCUACUCUCUUCCAGACCUCGCUCGACUUCACUCGACGACUUCCGCGUAUGCACAGAGUUCAUCCAUACAACUCUCUUCACUUGACUUUGCCUCCAUCCACGUAUCCCCCCUUGCCAUCAGUCACUCCGCUCGCGAGUAGCAAUUCUAAGCUCGGGCGCCCCAGCGUACCUGUGCGACAAAGAAGAUUUACCUCCGUCAAGUGAAACAAGACCCUCUCCGCCUUGUUCAGCCCCGUCUCCAUACCCUCCGAAUCCAGUUCAACAACCACAACCUCACCCCGAACCUUAACCCUCUACGUGCGCAAGCCAAACCCAGGCCUGGAUUACACGUCUGCCAUACAACUCUACUUUCCUGCGCCAACCUACGCUUUCAAGCCUAUAUCCAAAUUCUACAAUACCCACAUCACGAAGAGGAUAGGAGGCCAUCCCGGGCGGGAAAGAAAGCACACACAAUGUCCGACGCCUACGAACGCGAGCGCCAGAAUAACUCCCGGCUAUCUGAGCUAUCUGCGAAAGUCACAGCAUUAAGGGGCGUCACAGUAGAUAUCUACGACAAUGCGAGGGCACAAGAUGUUAUUGACGAUACGUCUGGCAAAUUCUCAUCUAUGAGCACGAGUCUGAAAGGCUCGGCGGGGAGAUUGGGGCGGAUGGCUGCAAGUGGGAAUAAGGUCGCUAUAUUCAAGUUGAGCGGGAUAAUCAUUGGGACGGUGUUGGUGCUGUGGUUUAUAUGGGGACUGUUUGUCUGAAAGGGCGUGAUCAUGGAAGUUUAAAGCAAGACUGGGUAGAAUAGGGGAGGAAAAUAAAUGCAUGAUGGAGCAUCAAGGCAUAAGGACACAGACACUGUUUGGGCGUACAUUUGGAAAGGCGGAUACCUAUUGUAUUGUACUGUACCUAAAACAUACUGCAGCAUAGCAAGGGCGUUAGGUUUGGAGAGCGA